AUGGCUACAUUCACGGGCAAGACUACUGGCGCCGACGUCGUCAGAGAAUCCAGCGACAGAGUCAAAGGCAAAACAAUUGUCGUUACAGGCGCCAGUGAGAAGGGUCUGGGAGGCGAGACAGCAGUCGCACUUGCUUAUGGCCACCCCGAGCAUCUGAUUCUUCUCGCUCGAUCCCAGGUUCGCGUGGAGUCGAUCAUUGCCCGCAUCAAAGAGAUCGACUCAUCCAUCAGAGUAGACUUUGUGCCUGUCUCUCUUGACGACUUCGAUUCCGUGCGCGCCGCAGCCGCCACGAUCAACGGCAAGAUCUCCAAGCUCGACAUUCUCAUUAACAAUGCCGGAAUUAUGGCCGUUCAAGAAUAUACAACCAACAAGAACGGAAUUGAGAUUCAGUUUGCAACCAACCAUCUGGGCCACUUCUUAUUCACCAAGCUCCUCUUUCCCAAGAUUCUGGCGGCCGGUUCGGGGUCCAGGAUCGUUAACCUGACGAGUCUUGGUCACAAGAUUGGACCCAUGCGACUCGAUGACUAUAACUUCUCGGAUGGGGAAGAGUACGACCCGUGGUCCGGGUACGGCCAGUCUAAGACCGCCAAUAUCCUCUUUUCGCUCUAUCUGGCUGAUAGGCUGCGUGAUCGCGGUAUUCAGAGCUACGGCGUCCACCCUGGCAACAUCUACGAGACCCAACUAGGGACCCAUCUUACCGAUAUCAAUGCUGCAUUUGCUGCGAUUGAAGACGCCGCGCAAAAAAACACGGGCAAACACUUUCCAAUCGAAGGUGAAGCCCGGAAAAGCAUGGCUGAGGGCAUUGCUACGACGCUUGUGGCAGCCCUGGAUCCCAGGAUUGAGCCGCAGAGUGGAAUGUACAUGGCAGACUGUCAGCCUCAGAAGACCUAUGAAUACGCAGAAAGUCUCGAGAACGCUGAGAUGCUGUGGAAAUUAAGCGAGGAACUGGUUGGUGAGAAGUUCGACAUCUGA